UGAUUUCAAAUCACUACAACGAUGAUGUCUUUUCUGUAUUUCUUCUUUUUUUAAUCAUGCGUUGGCGUGACGUCACGUCGCCAGCCCUGCGACGUGACGUGCGCUCCGCUUGGAUGACAGAAGGGGGCGAGGGAGUUGUUUUGGGUCGGAACGGGGGGCAAUUUCUUGUCUUGUCAUUCGGCUCAAUCGCCUCGUCUGCAUCCACGGUGCUUUGUUUCCCUGCAUUAUGAAAGUGAUCUCCCCGUGACAAGUGUCCCACCUUACGCUCAUCUACGAGAAUGGCCGAACAAGAUCUUUGUCCUCACUUGGACUCCAUCGGGGAGGUUACCAAAGACGAUCUUCUUCACAAAUCCAAGGGAACCUGUCAAUCAUGUGGCGUUGUGGGUCCCAACCUGUGGGCCUGUCUUGAGAACGACUGCCCGUAUGUUGGCUGUGGAGAAUCCUACUCGGAUCACAGCACCCUGCACGCACAGGCCAAGAAGCACAACCUGACGGUGAACUUGACCACCUUCAGGAUCUGGUGCUAUGUGUGCGAGCGGGAAGUGUUUCUGGAGCCCAGGCCCCCCGUGACGCCAGCCCCGGUGCCUGCCGCCGCCCCCCAUCAUCACCACCACCACCACAUAACACCUGAGCAGGAAGCAGCGCCGCUUGGUUACCCGCUAAAAGCAGUGCCCAUCGCCAUGGGGGAGGACGAAGGCUCAGAGUCUGAGGAGGACGAGCUUAAACCCAGAGGUUUAACAGGAAUGAAAAACAUCGGCAACUCCUGCUACAUGAACGCAGCUCUUCAAGCCUUGUCCAACUGUCCUCCUCUCACGCAGUACUUCCUGGAUUGCGCCGGGCUGGUCCGCACCGACAAGAAGCCGGCUCUCUGCAAGUGCUACCAGAAACUCAUCUCGGAGCUGUGGCAUAAAAAUCGGCCCAGCUACGUGGUCCCGACCGGCCUGUCCCACGGCAUCAAGCUUCUGAACCCCAUGUUUCGCGGUUACGCCCAACAGGACACGCAAGAGUUCCUGCGCUGUCUGAUGGACCAGCUCCACGAGGAACUCAAGGCGCCACUCACCGAGUGCGGCGGCGGGAGUAGCGACGGCGACGAGAGGCUGGACGGCGACGAGAGGCUGGACGGCGACCGCUCGCCUGUCGAGGAAGACUUCCUGUCCUGCGACUCCAGCUCCGACCGCGGCGAGACGGCGGCGCAGGACGAACGCGACGGCCCCGUGGGCGGCGGCAUCUCGGAGAAGGAGAGGCUGAAGGAGAGGCGGGUCUCCGGCUCGCCCCUUCGCGGAACCUCCCAGGACAUGGACGAGGACGCCGACGUGGACACCGCGGUUCCCGCGAGCGCUGAGGAGGAAGAGCUGGUGCAGGAGCUUCCUGAAGUCCAACACCAAGAGAACAAUCAAGGACAAGAAGGAAGCGGCACCGCACAGCCGGACAACGAAGUGGGGCCGCCGGCGCCGCUGCCGCGUUCCAGCCCCUGCAGCCCUGUGAAAAGCCUUCAGGAGCUUCAUUCCAAACUCUCCUCCAGCCCGCUGCGCUCCGCGGCCUCCUCGUACCUGUACAAGAAAGCUUACCCGCCGCUGACCUCCCGGAAGAAGAAACAGUGUCUCUAUCGCAGCGUCAUCUCCGACAUCUUUGACGGCUCCAUCCUCAGCCUGGUCCAGUGUCUGACCUGCGACAGGGUGAGUGACUUCACCCAGCGACAUCGUCCACGGGUACGAGAACUGCGCCGCCCCCGGCAGGUGUCUACGACAGUGGAGACCUUCCAAGACCUGUCCUUGCCCAUCCCUGGGAAAGAGGACUUGGCCAAGCUCCACUCCUCCAUCCAUCAGAACCUGCCCGUCAAGACCAACGCGUGUCCCGAGGCGUACGGCUCUCAGGGCUGGAUCUCCUUCCUCAUGGAUUCCAUUCGCCGCUUCGUGGUCUCGUGCAUACCCACCUGGUUCUGGGGGCCCAUGGUGACCUUGGAGGACUGCCUAGCCGCCUUCUUUGCCGCCGACGAACUCAAAGGCGACAACAUGUACAGCUGUGAGAGAUGCAAGAAGUUGAGAAACGGCAUCAAAUAUUGCAAAGUCCUCCGACUUCCAGAGAUCCUGUGCAUCCACCUGAAGCGUUUCCGCCACGAGGUCAUGUACUCGUUCAAGAUCAGCAACCACGUGUCCUUCCCCUUGGAGGGCCUGGACAUGCGUCCCUUCCUGGCCAAAGACAGCCCGUCCCAAGUCACCGCGUACGACCUGCUCUCCGUCAUCUGCCACCACGGCACGGCCGGAAGCGGACACUACAUCGCCUACUGCCAGAACGUCAUCAACGGUCAGUGGUACGAAUUCGACGACCAGUACGUGACGGAGGUCCACGAGACGGUGGUGCAGAACGCCGAAGCGUACGUGCUCUUUUACAGGAAAAGCAGCGAGGAGUCCGUGAGGGAGCGGCAGAAGGUGGUGGCCCUGGCCAGCGCCAAGGAGCCCAGCCUGCUGCAGUUUUACAUCUCGCGAGAGUGGCUCAACAAGUUCAACACCUUUGCAGAACCGGGCCCCAUCUCCAAUCACACCUUUCUUUGUCACCACGGAGGCAUCCCUCCUAACAAAUCCCACUACGUGGACGACCUGGUGGUCAUCGUGCCGCAGAACGUGUGGGAGUACCUAUACAACAGUUUCGGAGGCGGUCCCGCCGUCAACCACCUGUACGUGUGCGCCAUCUGCCAGGUGGAGCUGGAGGCGCUGGGCAAACGCAGGAAAACGGAAAUCGACACUUUCAUCAAGGUAAAAACGUGUCAACCACGCAUGACAAGAAAGAUCGAUUCUAAUGCUCAAUUGGCGCAGCUCAACAAAGAGUUUCAGGCGGAGGAGGCGCCCGCUGUCAUCUUGUGCAUCAGCAUGCAGUGGUUCCGCGAAUGGGAGAACUUUGUGAAAGGCAAAGACAACGAGCCCCCCGCUGCCAUCGACAACAGUAAGAUCGCCGUCAUGAAGGGAGGACACGUUCAGCUCAAGCAAGGUCAGUCAGUCUCCAGGAAAUCCAGCCGCCGCCGCCGCCGCUCAAGAAUGAUGCCGUCCCCCCUCCCCUCAGGUGCCGACUACGGGCAGAUUUCCGAGGAGACCUGGCAAUACUUGUCGGGGAUCUACGGCGGGGGUCCGGAGAUCGCCGUGAGGCAGACGGCGGUCCCGGCCGACCCGGACGGCCUUCACGGGGAGAGGAAGAUCGAAGCCGAGACCAGAGCGCUUUGACGUCGCGCUGGCGUACGGCGCCCUCUUGUGGCCGGCCCGUGCAUCCGCGCCUUCCCGCUCCCUCCCACGCGGCUGAGGAAUUUGGCGCCUGGAUGAAGACGGACGGGUGACCGACCGCCGUGAGUAGAUUGGAAACGUGCGGGCCGCAAUGUUUUUCGUUCCCCCCUAAUAUCUAUUUUUCAAACCUCACAAUGUCACGGCUGUAAAGCGCAGGCGACGCCGCCCAGAGAUGUGAACGACUUGUUUUUUUUGUUUGUUGUCAGGGCGCCUAUUUUUAACUUGCGUAGCAACCUGCUACCACAACACCAUCAAUCAAUCAAACAAACACACGUCGGCGCCCUCAGGAAUGUCUCACAAGUGUCUAGCAUGCACACGUGCAGUACAAAAUAACAUUUUGGCAAUACAUUCAGUGUUUGAUAAGUUGACGGUUUCCCUCUUUUGGUGUUUCCGUGCACUCUUGUUGAAAAAUGUCUGACACGAUGAUCAAGACUGAACUGACAGCAGUGUCAACAAAAAAAACAAGUUCUAUUAACAAAUGAUAAAAAUGCACCUUACUUGUAUGCUCCUUUUCAACUUGAGAGAAAUUUGUGAGGUUGUCAGGCUAGCCUAAUGCUAACAUAGAGUGGCUCACGUGAAUUAGCAUAGAUUAGCACAUCAAUGAGUUCCAAAAGUGAAUGCUGCCUUAACACACUCGCUGCAGCGACACAAAUAAAUAUUCACCUCAAAGCGUCAAUAAGAAGUUGAUUUUUCCAUGCUUGUGUGCGUUUUGCUGGUGUGGCAGCACGUAGCAUGGCGGGAAAUGUGGAAAUCAUUUGAUGACGGUGUUUGUGCAAAUGCUUUGAAAUCAUCAACAGUGGUUGGCCUCAUUUCAACGGGUGGGAUGUCUUAAUGUGUAUGUGUGCACAUGGUGUACUUAAACGAUUAAAGAUGUUAUUAUCAAAUCA